UUAACUUCCGUUCAGUGUAUGUGGACUGCUGAAAUAUAGGAAAUCGGUUUCUGGGAAAGAGAGAGAGAGGGGAAAGGAGGGGGGGGAAAGAGAGAGAAGGUUUCCCAAAGAGAGCACCAAGCGGAGCGGACAGAAGUAUGAGGAGCGGCCGCGCGGCUGCUGCCGGUCUGCGCAGGUUGGGGGCACGGCGGGGGCUGCCGGAGGCGGAAGGCUCAGCGGCGCAGCGGGCGGCCAGUACAACAAGUGGAUAAACAAUGUGCACGGCUCUGAGCCCAAAGGCACGUGGGCCUGGCCUCUCUGAUAUGCAUCAAUAUAGCCAAUGGCUUGCCAGUAGACAUGAAGCCAACUUGUUGCCGAUGAAAGAGGAUUUGGCCCUGUGGCUCACAAACCUACUGGGUAGAGACAUAACAGCAGAAACAUUUAUGGAGAAAUUGGAUAAUGGUGCCUUGCUUUGUCGGUUAGCUGAGACCCUGCAGGAGAAAUUUAAAGAGAACAGCUUUGAUGCAAACAAGCCUGGCAAAACCUUACCAGUACGGAAGAUUCCAUGCAAAGCCAAUGCUCCUUCAGGGUCUUUUUUUGCACGAGACAACACAGCAAAUUUCUUAUCCUGGUGCAGAGAUGUAGGGGUGGAUGAUACCUGCCUGUUUGAAUCAGAAGGUUUGGCAAAUAAAAGUUCAGCAAAGGAUCUGGAACCAAUGAAUAUUCUGCAUCUCUUCUACGAUAAAAUCCACCCGGCAAGAAAAGGGUUUGCCACCAAGUUCCUCCACAAGCAGCCAAGAGAAGUGUGCCUUUGUUUGCUGGAACUUGGAAGGAUUGCAGCAAGGUUUGGGGUGGAGCCUCCUGGAUUAAUAAAGUUGGAAAAGGAGAUUGAACAAGAGGAAACACUUUCAGCCCCCCUUCCAUCUCCUUCACCCUCACCAACAAAGUCUCCGGGGAAAAAGAGCACAGGGAAACUGUUGGAUGAUGCUGUUAAGCACAUUUCUGAAGAUCCACCUUGUAAAUGCCCUAAUAAAUUCUGUGUGGAGCGCCUUUCACAAGGAAGAUACAGAGUUGGAGAGAAGAUUCUCUUUAUUAGGAUGCUGCACAACAAGCACGUGAUGGUCCGUGUUGGAGGAGGAUGGGAGACUUUUGCAGGUUAUUUGCUGAAGCAUGACCCAUGCCGAAUGUUGCAGAUCUCUCGAGUGGAUGGAAAAACUUCUCCAAUCCAAAGCAAAUCUCCAACCCUCAGGGACAUGAAUCCAGACAAUUAUCUUGUUGUUUCUGCCCAUUACAAAACCAAGAAGGAGAUAAAGUGAAAUAAGCUUCUCAUGAGAUUGGAACUUUUCGUAUGUAGGUCCAAAUAAUUUUCUCAAGUGUAGUAAAUUUAGUUUAUGCUUUAAAAGGACUUCAGAAAAUUUAAGACAGAUGGAAAAUGGCAACCCAUUUUGAAGAUCUUUGAGUUGUAGAACUAUUUAUUUCUAGUACCGUACCUUUUAUAGCAAAUUACCCUUUAUAGGCUAAUUACUACAAUCAGAUAAGAAAUAGACAUAUAUUUUUAGCCAAAUUAUUACUCUUUACUAUGUGAAUGUAUACUUAGAAUUACAUAAAGGAGUGGAUCAUGUUAACGGAAGAAAAUACACAGUACAAUAUAUUUGUAUGAAAAUCUUAUGACACUGAGUCCUUGACUGUUAGACUAGUUGAAAAAUAUCUAUGCAGGUAGAAAAUGAGUAUUUGUGGAAAUUAUUUGGUAAUGCCUCCUCAAAUGAAAUCAAAAUUGUCUAUUUUUAUGGGUUGCAAGAUUUUCUUAAGCAAGAGAAGAAAAUAUUAAAAGAAUUAUUAGUGCAUGCCAAACAAUCUCCCAAACUGGUCACUUAAUAAAAAGAUCAAGAAAAUAACCCUUUAUACUCUCUAUAGCUAAAGACAAUGCUAAGUGCCAGAUUUGUGUGUAGAUCCUUCCUGUUUUUCACACAUUUGCCCAAUACAGAACCAUAGGGAAGUCAAGAGGUUGCCCCUUCCUCUGUCAGACAAUAGAGGUGGCCAAUUGUCCCAGCAGGGUGAGGCACUGCAACCCGGGACGGAGCUGCACAGCCUUCCUUUCGCCUGGCUGGGAGCUUCAGAAGACGCUAGUCCUUCCUGCAUCAGAAAACACUACACUGUUCUUGAAUCUGAGCUUUUUCUUUCCCCUUUUUCUAAUUCAGUUAGUCAUGCCAAAUGUAAAAUAUUCAUUACCUUGUCCAUAGAGUGAUUCACAUUCUUGUAAAUCAUUCACACACCUUUAAAAUAGCUAAAGGUAUAUUGGGCCUAGUUCAUAAUUUUGGCUACUUUUCUUUGUCUAUAUUUGGUAAUUUAUAUGCCUUGUAACGACCUAGAAAAAGCAUUUUACAGGAUUAUUUGACUGACUGUAUAAAUUUGAGCAGAACUCAGUUGUUUCAUUAGCAAUGAAAUAAACAGAAACUUUUUUAAAAUA